AUGAUGCGGAAAGAAGGGAGUGGAGGAUGGCAAGCUGUACAACCGACCCUGAUGCUUGAAGUCGCGCAGACUUUGCAGAGCGGCGAGCAGCAAUUGUUUUCUUGCGUUGGCGUGAAGUUGCUGGAGGGCAAUAAGAGUCGGAACACCCUCAGCUCAGUUCAACGACCAAAAUUCAAUCCUUCGUCAUGUGAUGUUCCUCCACUGCGCGAUUCAGAUUCCAAAGAAUCCAAUCCUUUGCACUUCAAAUUCAAAUCGUUGGUUACCUGUCCUGUAGAUGUUCCGCUUGAAUUGCCCAUCUAUGGCUCAUCCAUGCCUCUUCCAGUGACCACCGCGCGGCCAUUGAGUGUUCCGUCAAGCGCAUAUCUCUAUCAGCCCGAAACGUUGGGCAACGAAUUUCCAGUACUCACUCAUUCCGGUGACUUAUUGGAAACCCUAGCGAAGGGUCUUUCUUCACUUGACGCGACCUCUUCUGCUUUCUCAGCUGAACUCAAUCCAGAGUCCAUGCCUCUACCCCCGUCUUCCACUUCCACUCUCACUCAUCCAGCCACCACUCAGUCCAUCCUCGAUCCUCGUCAUUUUGCCUCGUCGCACUAUCAUGUCCCAUCGCUCAGAAAACCGAUGUAUCAGACUCGAAGCGAUUGUCGCAAGCACCAGAUCUUCAGCAAAUUGGAAAGAUUCAAUACAGAACUAAGGACCUUUGCCUUCAGAUUUGCGCCCUCGGCGCAUGCGUUCUCGUGGAUAUGCACCCCCAGAAGUCAAAAAGAGGGCCGGUUUGCCCUCAAAGAUGUCUCAGUACCGGCUGUGGACGGAUACGCUUGGACAGGACGAACAGCGCUUCUGGCAAGAGCUACUGUCCCUGGAGCCCGAUCAUGCCUUUCAAACGCGUCUUCUAUCCACACUUCCCUAGGACGAGCGCCUAGGUUCACGCAAGCGCUAUUUGGCGAAUCGACUCUCGUUGACCUACAGUCUUGGUUGGAAAGGCAGCUGAUUUGCACUUACAUUUGCUUAUAUUGGAUGUUCCCCGAUUCGAGCCCGGUUCCCGUUGUCCUUCGACAUCUUCCUUACUUGAAAAGCCUUCCACCUCCAGAUGCACUACUAACGCCCCUUCAGUUCAUGCCAUCUCAACUCCAGGCCUUCCGAAGAACCAAUAUAUACGGUGCUACGCGUGAUCGUCAAGAAUGUUGGAUUACUGAGUGGAAUACAUGUCGAACGUUCAUCCACGCCGUUAAUCCGGAUUGUGCUGAAAGAUACACUUGGUACGCGUCUCCCGUGUUUGCUUUCCCCACUUAUCCGUUCUUGCUUCCGGGCAUGGAUAUUCUCAACCAUUUUUGUGGACAGCCCGUGUCUUGGUGCACGUCAUAUUCAGAAGGAAGCACAGAAGCAAGGGAUGACUCGGCCACUAUUUCCAUCAUUUCGCAUACCACGACGCCAACUAACCCAGAGAGUCUCGGCGCGACAUGGAAGGGUACUAGUGCAACUGGAGGUAACACCAAGAAUUUCAUUGGCGGCGCGUUCCUCCUUGGUCAGCUAUUCACGUCUUGUCAUGUACUAUUUUGGAUUCCAACACGCCUUCAACGAGGCAUGGAGGCGAGUGACAAUGUCUUGCUUGACAAGUGCUUCGCCUCCGCAAAGCUGAUCAUUGGGCAAAUGAUUGAAGUACCGACACCUAGUGGUCUCGUGCGCGCUGCACCUGAUGGCCACUUUGUCUUUGCGUCUUUCGCCUCUGCAUUCAUGCUCAAGCCAAUUGGUGCUAUCUCCACCUCGUUCACCACACCACCAGCCAUCACUACUCCCAAAACUACAGCACCUUGCCAAGACCUUGUACAUCUUUUGAUUCCAUAUCCCAAGACUAAUACCCUUGGCCUCGCAACAAGCACCAUGCUGAGACUUCCUCUCGACAUUGCAGGACUCCGACGGUCACUCCACGUCGCACAGCCGCAACUAGCGCGUUAUACCACUUCUAUCCCUGACGGCGCGUUUGUCAUCUUAGUUUUUGGUAGAGAGCCGAGACACAACUGCUCUCUCCAUCGACUUUCGAACUCCGGUACCUUGAGCUCGUCUGCUGACUGGGCGGCAGAUGAGGAGUUCUUACUUAUUGAGGGAAUAUCUCAGGAAGGCCUUGGAAACUGGAGAUGA